UGGGCUGUUAAAAGCCCAAAAAGCUUAUAACCCAACAAGAAAGAAAACGCUAACCUCUUUCUUCUCUCUCGCAUCAAAGUUCAACACUCGCUUCCGAUCUCUCUCUCUCUCUGCAACCCCUAGCUUCUUCGUCUUCCUCUUCCAUUUUCAGCUCAGGGCCAUUUCAUAGUUCGAUGGCAUCAAGCGGAGCAGUGCCAUUUUGGAGGGCAGCAGGGAUGACAUACAUUACUUACUCCAACAUAUGUGCGAAUCUUGUCAGGAACUGCCUCAAGGAACCUCACAAGACCGAAGCUCUCUCUCGCGAGAAGGUCCAUUUUGCUCUUGCCAAAUGGUCUGAUGGCAAGCCUGAGAAAGCUACCAUUCGUUCAGACACCCCAGAUAUUUGAUUCAGUAUAGGUGGAAGCUAUGCAUGCAGAAAUCUUUUAUUUCUACUGGAAGUUAAUCGUCAUUUUGGACCUUUUUGUGGAUUUUGAUGUUUUUGAUUGUUAUUUUUCUGUCCAUGAUGUGGCACAUGCACUGAAUUUUGGAUUUGCAUGGUUAAUCUUGUAAUAAUUUUAGUUUGAACACAUGUUAUUAGACCAAAUAAAAUGAAUACUUAUUCAUAAUUUCACGUGAUGUUUGCCUUC